AGAUGCAUAAUUCCUCUGGGGAUGGAGGACAAGCGAAUCCCUGACAACGCCAUCACAGCAUCUCACUACUACUCAUCGUACUACCCUCGCUAUGGUAGGCUGAACUAUCAACAUACUUGGUGCACUACCUCUAGUGGACAGUAUCUCCAGAUAGACUUAGGGGAAGUCAAAACCAUUACUAAAGUCGCUACACAAGGGAGAUAUCRAUCAAGCUAUAGAACGAUCAGUUACUACCUGCAGUACAGUAUUGAUGGAAUCCACUGGACAUAUUAUAGGAAACCUGACAGUUCUCGAAGUUAUAAGUACUUUGCAGGUAAUGGCUGGACACCUAACAGCAUCCAUACCAAUACCCUAAAAUACAGCAUCGUAGCUCGAUAUGUCCGCCUAUGGCCUCGACAUUACUAUGGCUGGUACUGCUUACGUGUCGAAUUGUAUGGCUGCAAACAUGUUUGUUCAGAACCACUUGGAGCUGAAGACUAUAGAAUUAAGAACAACGAGUUCUCCGCUUUCGGUGGAGGUAAACCAUCUUACGCCCGAAUCAAUGUGCAUUACGGAUGGCUUAUAAGCGGAAGCAAGAAUCGAUAUUUACAGGUUGAUUUAAGGACAGUAAGAAAAGUAACAGCUGUAGCUACACAAGGCCAUUAUUCAAGCUACUACUUUGUGAAAACGUACAAGUUGAGUUACAUCAGCGUUACUGGACGCUUUAGACACAGACAUUGGCACUUAUUCAACAGAAACAGAAAUAGACAUUGGGAAAUGCUGGCCAAAGGUACAUUGUGGACAAAGGAGAUGGAGAUGCGUCUUACAGAUAAUGACAUUGUCUUGCUUGAUGGAGAAACUCAGGAUGUUAUUGAAGUGUAUCCGCUGUCCAGCAUCAGUGUUGUGCAGCAUAUCAAUGAAGAUUCUGAUUUGAAUAGCGUUUUGCUGUUUACCACACAACAAACUGAUGAAAAAUAUGCAGCAACACAUCUCUUCCAGUCUGACAGAGUUCCAGCCGCAGUUGUUGCCACAGAGAUAAUGAAAGCGUCAAGUAGCAAAGGGGCUAUGCCUUCCAGGUCCACGCCCAACAAGGGAGGGGCAUCUUUACCCCCACCUCCAGCUUACACUGCACCUCAACCACCUACACUGGCUAUGCCUUCCAGGUCCACGCCCAACAAGGGAGGGGCAUCUUUACCCCCACCUCCAGCUUACACUGCACCUCAACCACCUACACUG